AUGACAGCCGUGUGCUUGGUGAGCCGAACGAGCUCAUUAGUGGCCAGGCAUAGUGGACAAUCACUGGUUCUGUUGAGAAGGCCUGUGCGGUGGUUAACGACCAAUCGCGAGGACCCUAGAUACGUAUUCUCGAAACCGCCUUCAAAGACAGAAGUUCCUCACCCUAAUGAUGGCAAGUAUUUCUUCUCAAGACCUGAUGAUACAAAGAAGGGAGAAUAUCGGGGAUCAAACGUUUUAGGGCAAGCGAUCUUGCAACAAAGGCGCAGACGCCGUAGGCAACUGCUGUCGAUCAUCUUUGUGGGCGUGAUCGGGUCCAUAUUGGGCUAUUCCAUUGGGUAUAAGGCACUAUAUUUGAGAGAGCAGAGUUUCAUUCCACUCUUCCCAGCUUCCAGGAUUCGUAAGCUAAGCGCACGAGAUCGAAGAAGAAUAGACGCUGGUAAAGUACAACUGUUGUCCCAGAUACGAGUAUUAGAGCAACUAUCACAACAUGAAAUGAUCAAGGAAGAUUACGGUGUGCCUCUUCGUGAUGCAAGUACAAAUGAGACACCUGAAGUACAGGAUUUUAGCAUAUGGUGUGAAGAUCAAGAUCCAUGCGUGACGGGGAUCGUCGUUGAACCCAAUGAUGGGAGACCUUCUAGCCACCAAUGGUACCGAAUACCUUUCCUGUUCAAAUGGAGACUCACACAUAGGCCGCUAAGCAUCUCUCGGACAAUAAAUAGUAUUCUGGAAGGCAUUGGUCUAUCUACAUCUGACCUUUUCCAAGUGGUAGCCCCAGAGAAAGUCUACGACUCAUUCAAGUACGAGUAUCCAAUUCAGGACGAUGAUCACUCGAUGCACAUCUGGUUUCUAGGGGAAAUGAAAUUGGACAACGACUCGUUAGUAGUUUACAAAGGAAAGUAUCAUGUCGAUGUCAAAUUAGAACAAAUUGAUCUGCUUCGUAAAGAAAAUGGUAAAUUAGUCCGUUACAUCCUAUACAAGGAGAAUGAAAGAUAG